AUGGUGAAGAACGAGGCGUUACUGGCGAGAGAGCGCGAAUGCGCGGUGCGCGACGAGAUCUGGGCGACGAGACUCGAGGACGACGAGACGACGGGGUACGACUUCGAAGCCACGCUCGAAGAACUUUGGAUGGAUUGGUGGUGGAAGAUGAGUCGAGGCGAGCGUCUGAGCGCGGAAAAGGCGUCCGUGAUGGACAUGCUGACGGCGAUCGUCAACGGCACGAGCUCGAGGGACAUCGAAACCGGCGUGCGUCGCGUGAGCGUCGCCGAGGCGUCCGAGUCCUCCGACUGCCCGGUGUGUCUCGAAGACGACGACUCUCGCGCCGACAUCGUCCGACUCACGCGCUGCGAGCACACGUUUCACAUCGACUGCAUCGCCCCGUGGCUCCAACGACACAAAACCUGCCCGAAAUGCCGCGCGCGCGUGCGUUGA